AUGGCAAGACUUAAUACGGUGCCUGUUCCGGCGAGGGAUCCGACAGCUACGAAUUUGGAACGGAUGUUAGUGAGAUUACAGAAAAUAAUCUUGGGUCCAGAUACGUCUGCCACUUCGCAAAGCUAUGCUGAGUGGGUGAAGACGGGCGCGAACCUGGAAUAUGCGCGGGGUUUACUGGUUCAUGUAGAGCAGGAUGCGCAGAAUAUCAAAGUGUUAUCGAGGAAACAGGAGGUACAGGCAGAUUUGGUGCGCAAAAGGCAUUUGAUACAGAGACUUGGUGAGAGAUUGGAGGAGUUACGAGAGCUUGCGAGUUAUGAGGAAGAAGGUGAAGAUUCCUCCGAGGGAGAAGAUUUGUUGGGAAUUGCGCAAGAUACUCCUUCGGAAACGACUGAUGAAAUGAUGAACACGAGUGAAGAACGAUCAACACCUUCUCCUAUUGAUUAUACAUCUUCUCCUAUCGGACAAACAGAGUUGGAUUCUGCGCCAGCACAAAUCCAAACACAAACCUCUCAGACUCCCGAACCAUCUACUCUCCGCUCUCGUAAUCCUCGCGCCGAACUUUUUGAGAAAUCCCCGAAUCAAGCUUUCACAACAUCUACCUCUACCUCCACUUCUACCUACCGACCAGCCCCUACCCCCUCAAGCACCACCACCGCCACCACCGAGACACUCCUCACGCACCACCGCACCGAGCAAGAAGAUCUAACCAAUUCUCUCCUCUCCAUGGCCCAGGAACUCCGCGCUCGCUCACAAACCUUCGCCAGUACCCUCGCAAGCGAUUCCUCGGUGCUCGAUUCUGCAAUCGCGGGAAUUAAUAAGAAUGAGCUUGGAUUGGAAGCGGCGUCAAAAAGAAUGGGCUAUUUGAGGAGCAUGACGGAGGGGAGGGGUUGGUGGGGUCGCAUGAUGAUGUAUGCGUGGAUUGCGGGUUUGGCGGUCCUGGCUGUGUUGGUGGUGUUUGUUAUGCCGAAAUUGAGAUUUUGA